UAUAAGAAGAGAAUGAAGCCGGAGGAGCGUCAAAACAUUUAAUCCACAGCCGAGAGAGGGAGAGCGAGAGAGGGAGACAGAGGCGAGGUGAGGUACGCAGAGAGGGAGAGAUACGCGGAAAACGCCUCUGCGUUCAGGAUGAAGAUUUCUCUCCCUUAACAACAACAGCAGCGCUGUCGUUUAACAUCAACCAAACGGUACUUGUUAAAAUCCAGCGUCAGCACACUGGGAGGAAUCUGCUGAAAGUGCGGUCCGACGUCGCACUCUCUCUGCGCCCGGCGCGCCUCGGUGUCACCGCGCAGAGAAAUCCUGGAUGAGAGCGAAGUGUCAGCUUCAGCACCUGAGGAGAGGGACAGCUCCGCUCUGUCUGCUCCUCCGGACCCUCUGACCAAAACAACAACAAACAAACCAAAAAAAACAACAAAAAAAACUCUACUGCAGCUUUUAAGGCCAACACUUCCAGUCUGACCCUCUGCCCCUGCAAGUCUGGAAGAAGUCUGAAGAUCCACUGACGGAGAGAUCCGCGACUGACUGUGUGCUCAAUAUGUACCAGGGGCAUUUACAGGGGAAAGACUCUAGGGCUGCAGAUAAGACUGUUGCCAUGGUCCUGAAGGAGAUACCAAGUAAGGCGUCAUCAGAAGGGAAGCCCCUCCUCACAGUGACUACCAAGCUGGUGAGUGAGCAACAAGAGAGCCGCCCGCUUCUAAGCCCUUCCAUCGACGAUUUCCUCUGCGAGACCAAGUGUGAUGGGGUUUCCCGCCCAGUGACUUCCAACACAGCUGUUCUGUCUUCAACACUGGACCUGCUGGACCUCAGUGAACCUGGCGAGAGGAGGAACAGUAAGGACAGGAAGAGCCCCCUGACAUCCCGGGGCAACAUCCAGAGGAACAACCCUCACAGGAAGAAAACGGAUGAGACUGAGCUGAUCCAGGUGGAAGUUGAACAGACAGGACCAAGCAUGAGAACCCCAGAGAGAGCAUCACUAGACUCAGUUACCAUUGGUUCUCCAUUGGAUAAAUGGGAAGAGCUGAACCCUAACCCAGAGAGAAAUGGCAAUAGAAAAUGGAAAUUGGAGAGACGACGUUCAUCUAAAAAUUCAUCAAAUGAAUUUCUGUGGUCCAUAGACUGUAAAACCCAAUUAGAGCCAUCAAAUAAGAACUCCUUGGAAGCAAAUACCAAAGUCGAGCCAGAGUCUGCCCUAGCAUCGCAACUCAACAGGCAGUAUAUUAGUGGAAGACAUGCUCGUCUAACGAAGGAGCAGCGGUGGGGCAGCGCCCUCCUGUCCAGACACCAGUCCCUGGAGGAGGAGUUUGAGCGAGCCAAGGCUGCUGUUGAGUCUGAUACUGAGUUUUGGGAUAAGAUGCAAGCGGAGUGGGAAGAGCUCGCUCGGCGGAACUGGCUGACAGAGAACGAGCAGGCGCAGAUUCCCUCCAGUGUCUCGCCACAUGAGAAGGGUUACUACUUCCACACAGAUAAUCCUUAUAAGGACUUGCCCAAUGCGUUUGAAGAGGGACUAAAGAAGUCUCGGGAGGGAGACUUGCCAAACGCUGUGCUUUUGCUAGAAGCAGCUGUCUUGCAGGACCCUCAUGAUUCAGAGGCUUGGCAAGUGUUGGGGACCACCCAGGCUGAAAACGAGAAUGAGCAGGCAGCGAUUGUCUCCCUCCAGAGGUGUUUGGAACUCCACCCAAACAACCUCCCGGCCCUCAUGGCUCUGGCAGUGAGCCUGACCAACACUGGUAUGCGCAAUGACGCCUGCGAGGCCCUGCUCCGCUGGCUGCGGCACAAUCCAAAGUACAAGCACCUGCUGAAGGGCAAGCCCCACCUGAUGGGAUCCCCGAACUCCCAACGCAGGAUGUCAUAUGCUCCCAAUAUGAACAGACAUGAAAGCUCCCUGCUACCCGAGGCCAAGGAGCUCUUCCUGGAAGCAGUUCAGCACAACUCGGACAGUAUCGACCCAGAUUUACAGACAGGCCUCGGGGUGCUCUACAACCUCAGCGAAGAGUUCAACAAAGCUGUGGAGGCCUUCAAUACGGCCCUGUCAGUGCGGCCCGAGGACUACUUGUUGUGGAACCGCUUGGGAGCCACGCUGGCAAACGGGGACCGGAGCGAGGAGGCAGUGGAGGCUUACACACGAGCUCUAGAGCUGCAGCCAGGGUUUAUCAGGUCCCGCUACAACCUGGGCAUCAGCUGUAUUAACCUGGGGGCACACAGAGAGGCAGCCAGUAACUUCCUGACUGCCCUAAGCCUUCAGAGGAAAAGCCGGAGUCGCCAGCAGUCCCACCAGGUGAUGUCCGGAAACAUCUGGGCUGCUCUGAGGAUAGCUUUAUCCAUGAUGGACCAGCCCGAGCUCUUCCAGGCCGCAAACAUUGGAGACCUGGAUCUUCUCAUGCGGGCCUUCAACCUAGACAUUUGAGGAACGGGAGGUAGUGAUAAUAGCAGCCCCCACCCCCACCCCUCCCCCCUUUCACUUACUCUUCGAUUUCUACCCAACAGCCAAAAGCCCAAAGUGCACAUGUCAGAAGGGACUGAAUCUGGUGUCAGAGACAAUAUGUGUGGUUUUUAUGCACGUCAAUAAUUAACUGCAGUCGUCAGAGAUGUUAUUAUAUUUUUUAGCCCCAAGUACCUUGGAGGGGUCGUGAGGACAGGUUCUUCCAAGUGUUUGAAGUGACUGCUUUGUGAUGGAUUUGCACUGCAAUUUGUGAUUUCCCUGAAGAGCACAAGGACGGGCAAAGAUUGUACGAGCAAUGCCUUAGAGAACACAUCAAUUAAAAACUGACUCAUCCAGUGGAACAGAGCUGAGCCAGGAGAGACGUGGCAGACAGACAGUUUGAGAAUCUCACAGAGGAACCUUCACAUGCUGUUUGCGCAGAAAAGAUGUGGUUUUGAGGAAGGAGGGGAAAAAAAGACAGUUUCGUCAACCAAUUACUUUCAAAGACUCAAGACUGUCUCAUUCUCCUGGAGGAUGGAUUUAGUGAGAAAAUGAUAAAGACUGCACCGUAUGACCUGGAACUCCAAAUUCUGUCCCUGGCUUGUUUUCAUUCUCUUUCAAUGGAGAAUAAUGGUAGUGCAUGAAUAAGCAUUUUCAUAAAUGGAUUCUUGUUUAAAAUUAACAUACUUUUAGAAGUUUUUUCCCUUUGCACUUCAGACAAACAGAUAACUUCCUCAACCCAAGUGGAAUGUGCAAGCCAGGUUGUAAAGCCUUACUCAAAUGCAUGCGAACAACAAUAUUUAUUUAUACUAUUUUUAUGGCAGCAAAACACUAAGCCAUUUUCAGACUGGUUUCAAUUUCUUUAAAUAACUGCCGUCUUCUGAACUUGAAAGCUUUCUGAGCCAUUCAUUUUUGUUUGACUUGUCCAUUUUUUGUCCAUUUUUUGUUUCCGUUUGGUCUUGGCUCCUAGCUUCUCUUUGUUCCCUUUAUGCUGACUGGUUGGAGAAAGAAACACAAAUAUCUUUAUUAGCGUGGAAACUUUAGAACUUUCUCAUACCAAAAAAAAGCUGUUGUUACAGGUCUAAAAAUAUCUCUUCAUCUUUGAUUUCUCUGAUGACUCAAGAAGCUUUAGCGUUUGAGGUAAACAUACUGUAAUUCUCCCAACUGUAUUAAUUUCAAUACAGCAUAAUGACAUUACAGGUGAAAGAUGUGUAGCUGCAAGCCAAGACCCAUGGCAACAGCUUGGGGUAUUUCCUAAUGCAGUCAUUUGUAUCUUUGCUGCGCCUCCACAGGCUGCGACGCUCAUAUGUUUAAUGAAAUCAGUUUGCCUCGGCCAUCAUGCAUGAUUUAAAUAUUUAUGUAAGCUUGGGCAGAAUGCCGCACAUAUUUGAAAAGCUGUUUAUUUUACCAUCUGUAGACUUCUGCUCACAUCAUGAUAAUUCAAAACAUGAGAUCAUUAUACGUCUACAGGAAACACAAUUGCACGAAACGCAGUGAUUCUCCUGUUCCAGAUAAGUCUUCUGCACCACCUCAAAGCUUUCUCUGCACACGUUCUCUUUAGCCGACAGCUUCUCUUGUGUCAUUGUUGCCAGUUUGAAAGUCAUAACAGAGUAAAUGAUAGAUAAUCUGCCGUGUCAUGCAGCUCAGCACCUCUGUGUUUAACAGGCGUGUCUGCAGUCUGGGCAGUGCUGGAGGAGGUUGUUUUUUUUUUUUUUAUCCUCAGAUCCUAUGCAAAAGGUCAUAUUUUAUGUUGCUGUUCUGAAUUGUCAGUUUGUCCCCUCCGUCUGCCUGAGCCGACCGAAAGGGAAGUGGCGAUACUGUGCUUUGAAAGAGCGUUAUCAGCGGGAAACAGAGACCAAUACGAGAGCCAUUCAUCUAACAAACUGUACAACUUUGAUGGUCGUGGUCUGUAUGAGAAGAAGUGUUUCAUCAGGGAACUGUGGGGGGAGAACAGAAACAAGUGUUCUUUUUCAAGAAAGAGACACAGUCAGUGAUUCUGAAAAAAGAAAAAAAACAGAAAAACAGAGAUGCGCACACAAACACAAACACACACACACCAUCCACCUAAAGUGUAGCCUUCAUGUUUUAUAUCCCUGUGGUGUAGCGAUAUGUCUUUGACCUCAGUUGCACCCAACGAAAUCACUGCCGUAUAUCAAGCCUUGCUAUCAGAUACAUGUUUCACUGGUCUACUGCACAUGUUCUCUUUGAAACUCAUCUUGAAUGCACUUUGAGAAGUAAAAUCUCCUUUUUUUUAGUGUACAACUAGAAAACUGUAACUGUCCAAUUACAUGAAUAUGUUAUUCCCCUUGUUCUAAGGCUUAAACAUGACCAGUAAGAUGACAUUUCAGGCUGAAACAGACAAGUAGCUGCUGUAGUCAGAUACUUAAAAAAAUAGUUGGCACCGAGUUGCUGUGGCCAAACAUGAUGUUUAAUAGAUCAAGGAGGCAGAAGAGCCCAGUGAGACACAGCACAUAUGUGCAUGCCACUAACAAUCUGCAUCAGAGGGGGGCUGACAGUGGCGAAUGAGGCCAAAGCAGAGGUGGAAGCACAAAUUCAUUCACUCUCUGAGAGAUGGAUGGAUGAUGAUAAAAGCAGGAAAUGACAGUGUACUGAAAUACUUAAUGGGUGAUAUCCAGUUGUCCCUCAGUGGUAUUCAGUUGAAUAUUUCAUUAUCAUUAAAUUACUAAAUAAGCCUUUUUCAGACAUGCUGGCUGCAUGGCUCUGUGGAUGGCAUUGUUGGGCUGGCCUCCAUUUUGACGCAGACUGAAAUAUCUCAGUAAAUAUUUAAUGGAUUGCCAUGAAAUUUGGUUCAGACAUUCAUGUCCCCCUCUGGAUAAAUUGUGAUCGCUGAUGAGCUCCUGACUAUUCAUCAAAUGAUUUAUGACCAAAAUACCUGCCUCAGCCAUAUUUUGUAUUCAGUGCUAAUUAGCAACUGUAGCACACUACAAUGCUAAACUAAGAUGGUGACAAUGGUAAACAUUAUCUCUGCUAACCAGCAGCAUGUUAGCAUUGUAAAUGUGAGCAUGCUAGCAUGCAUACAUUAGCGCCACUGUGUCAAAGUGCUGCAUCACAGAGCCACUAGCACGGCUGUAGAGUCUUGUUUGUAUCUGUGUUGUGGCUGCACAGCUACAUCUGCUUCAGCCAAGCGUUUCUGUUGACAUCUGGUUGACAUCCACCACUGUCACUUCUGGUGUAUGUGCUAAUGCUGCCAGCAAGAAGCACACAGGGCCGGCAGGAUGAGCACUGUCCCAGUUCUCAAAGGAUUUUUAUUUGUAUCAGAUCAAAGUCUUAGCCCAUCCAAAGCAAACCCAUCUACUUUUCUUUCCUUGGUCCCUCAGAGGUUGUUGAGAAACAUGGGAGUUAUUCUUCAGGCCAGUAUUCCUCCAUGUUUAUAUUUAAAUAAUGAACACAUAUUCUGUCCCUGGUCCUCCCAGCUGUCUUCUGUGUCAACAUUUGAACUGUAGAAACUCAAAACAUGAUGUCUGGUAAAUUGUGAUUUCCAAAUCUACUCUAGUUUUCUUAUGAGGUUGUAGGCCUUCGCUUUUUUGCAUUUCAAGAUACUGUAGUUGUGUUAAAAAUGAAAAACUUAUUUUUUUAAAGAAACCUUAAAUUGCUGGCUUAAAAUCUAAACUUCUACUGUGUACAUCAUACUGCAGUGCACUGAGAUAGGAUGCCUGGUGACAGUUUUCUUUUUGUAGAACCUACUACUGUACCUUCUCAGGUGAACUGACCUUGCUUAACGCAUGCUCCUGAGGAACAGGCUGAGGUUGAUCGCAUGCUAGAUCCUCUGCAUUUUAUUUUUAUUUUAUCUUAUUUUUUUGAAUGCUUUUUUCAUUUGUAUGCAUGAAAUACAUGAAAGUGCUUUCUAUCUCUCCCCUCUAACGUAUAAAAAUGAAAUAUAUCAUGAAGUUUGCUUACAAUAUUUCUACAAUACACUUUUAAAAUCUGCAACCUUGAUAAAAAAAAAAAGUGAUGUAUAUAUUCAGUAUAUAUUCUACACAAGAUGCUUUUUCUUGCAUAGAACGAGCAAGUGUGCAAGGCUCAAGCAGAGAAAUGAUUACUCUCUUCCAAACUGAGCUUGAAUAUUGGUACAUUGCUACAACUGGCUAAUCAUAGUUAUAUUCUGUAGAAAUUUUGUAAUUAUGACUUCUACAAAUUAUAAAUGUGCUAGUAACUACUGCAAUAACCCCAACCUAUAAAGCUGCUGUUACCAAAUGUGUUUCUUAGUGCUGAAACUUGAUCAUGGCUAAUAUCAUGUAAAUACAUGGUUAUGCACACAUUCACAAAGCUACUGUAAACUAUUUGUGAUUAUUUAAAGUUUUGAUGUCAUAUAAAGCAUUAACUUCAUUAGUUCUGUUUAAUCUUUGUUUGAUCAAUACAAUAUACAACUUUUAAUUCAUUCACAUUAAUAUUAUCAUUAGCAACUGAACACAACUCUGCUCAUAAUAAAUUUUAUAUGGAGACCAAAAGUGUUCAAAAUUGAAACUUGUGAUGAUCAUUAAAACUCAUGUUAUUAUCAAAACAUAUUAUUUCAUUCAGCUUCCUGUCAAUAAAACUGUGUUUGAGGUUAUUCCAGGUAUAUAUGUGAUCAAAGACCUUUAAGUGUCACUGACAUUUUGAAAUUAAAACCUGCUGCAAUCAAAUAGAAAUGUUAAGUUAAUGUGAAAAGAAGCGGAAUGAAAUAAUAUUUCAUAAUGACACUGAGUUUUCAAGAUGUAUCAAUCGAUUUGUGUUAAUGUAUUUUAUCUGUAUUUAUUGAUGGUAUUUAUUUCAUAAGUAUCUUAUUUCAGAGUUUCUGCAAGGUUUACAAUCACACUCAUCAAAGUAUGAUGGAAAAUCAGACAGGACGAUUAUUAUUAAUAUCGGCGGUAGUACUUUGUGUCCAACCCAUAUUCAUAAAACAUUUUUUUCUUGGCAAUUUGCUAAUAACCCUUUACAGAUACAUUUAGUGUUAUUGCACACUCUAUAAAGCCUUUAUAAAAUGUUGAUUACAGCUUCAUUGGUUGGGGUUCAUGAAGGUUAUCAGUACAUGUUGUGUACAUUUCUUUCUUCACUCCUUAAAUUCAACAUGUGUACAAAGGCAGUUUGUUCUGGUUUAUUUAUCAAUGCAUCAGACAUGUAUGAAUAAAAUGAUAUUUUGAUGAAUGAACUUAGAAAUUAUAUACUUUAUAUACAGUAAUUCAUUUAUUGAAACACCUACUAUAAUGCAUAUUACUCUCCCUGUAUAAUCACAAGGAAAGCAUUAGCACCUUUGAAACGUACAACAUGAAAGUAAUCUUUUAAAAUAAACUGUUGUUAUAUAUUCUAUGCGCUUGUGUCUUACUUUUCUAAAAGAACAAAUCAACAGCUGAACGACUGUUUCGCAUUCAUUCGUAAAGAAGCCAAGUCUCAACAAAGGUGUAGUUUAUUCAAUUAUCCAAACAUUGUAAGUAAACAGUGCCACUGGGUAUACUGUACUGUCAUGACUCUAUUCACAUACACCUAAGCCAUAUUUGGAUAAACACAUACAUUACAAAAGGCAACUUAAAAUAAUCCCGUCAGGAAAACUAUGUAAUGAAAACUACAGAACUGGCACAAACUUGUUUGCAAAAAGGCAACAGAGUAAAAACAGGUGAAGAACCUUUUUGACAUUUAGUUAAAUGAAAAAAGGAGAACAAAACUCACAAAAGGUACAAUGGUACAAUCCAAAUGACUAAAUGUCAACGUCUAGUGCACAUGCUGACAGUGAAAAAGCCUUUUUGUGACAAAUUGAACCGUUUUCACAACGCAUCGAAGAAGAAUGGAAGAGACCGAGCUGGAAGGGAAAGCUGGAACAAAAAGACAAAAAUACAAAGGACGAUAACGUGAUCGGGAGGAUGAUGGUAUGGAAACAAAAGGUGCUGAGAAAUAAAAUGAAUUGCACUAAAUAUCUGAAGACAUUUAUGACUAAACAUCAUUGAGCAAGAUGACAAGUUUAUCACCUCUCCACUGAUGAGAUCAGGGUUUGACAGGAGGACAUAUUUGGUUUCUGAGAAAAAGAAAAACGUCGUCUUUUUUUUUUUUUUAAACAGGAAGAACAGCUGAAACAAGACUUGCAUAGAAAGACCUUUUUAGAGUUUCCUG